AUGAACGUGUACCAGUGCGGCGGCGCGCGCCGCAGCCGCAUCGCUGUGUACGUGUACCCGUACGCGCGGUACGCGGACGAGCGCGGCCGGGCACUUGUGCCGCUCUCGCGCGAGUACCUGGACGUGCUGCAGGCGGUGCAGCAGAGCCCGUUCUACACAGACGACCCGCACGAGGCGUGCAUCUUCCUGCCGGCGAUCGACACGCUGGCGAACCGGAUCGACUCCGAACUGACAACGCGCGCGCUCGCCUCGCUGCCCUACUGGCAGGACGGCGAGAACCACCUGGUGUUCAGCGUGUGGCCUGGCACCGGAACGGAGCGGCUGGGCCGCGCCCUGCUGGCCGGCGCCAGCCUCUCCAGCCUGGUGUACCGGCACGGCUUCGAUGUGUCGCUGCCGACGGGGGCCGAGUUCUGCCUGGCGGUGCUCGACUGGACGCGGAUCGGUCUGCACGUGUACGAGGAGGACCUGGCCCGGCUGCCCGACAUACUCGCAGAGGUGUCCGAGUCGCGACGGCUCGAGAUGCGGCGCCAGGGCGCCUGGGUGUGGCGCCGCUACUUACGCUCGUUCCGCGAGAUGGCGCUCACCACACUGCAGAUCGUCAACGACCGCGUCAUGCCGCACCUGGCGCGCUCCUACGAGGAGUGGAACGACCCGCCACACCUGGUGUCACCGGCGUACCCGCUGACGGUGCCGUACACGGCCCCGCGCAGCCAGGGCUUCACCGCCGUCGUGCUGACGUACGACCGGCUGGACAGCCUGUACCAGAUCAUUGAGACGGUGGCGCUGGCGCCCUCGCUCUCCAAGGUGCUCGUGGUGUGGAACAACCAGAAGAAGGCGCCGCCCAGCGCGUCGCUGUGGCCGACCAUCUCGAAGCCGCUGAAGGUGGUGCAGACGGGCGCCAACCUGCUCAGCAACAGGUUCUACCCGUACGACGAGAUCGAGACCGAGUGUGUGCUGGCACUGGACGACGACAUCACCAUGCUGACCGUCGACGAGCUCGAGUUCGGCUACCAGGUGUGGCGAGAAUACCCGGACAGGAUCGUCGGCUUUCCGUCGCGGAACCACGUGUGGAACAACGUCACGCAGAGCUGGGGCUACGACUCCGAAUGGACCAGCGACCUGUCCAUGGUGCUCACCGGCGCAGCCUUCUAUCACAAGUACUGGAAUUAUCGGUACACAAACUCCCUCCCUGGCAACAUCAAACAGUGGGUGGAUGACAACAUGAACUGUGAGGAUAUCGCGAUGAACUUCUUGGUCAGCAAUGUCACGGGCAAGGCCCCCAUCAAGGUGGCGGCGCGGAAGAAGUUCAAGUGCACGUCCGCCGACUGCAGCGGUGGCGACCUGUCGGCGAACGUGGACCACUUCAUCGAGCGGUCCGACUGCAUCCAGCACUUCGUGGGCGCGUUCGGCGCCAUGCCGCUGCGCAGGGUGCAGUUCCGCGCCGACCCCGUCCUCUACCGGGACGACUUCCCGGCCAAGCUCAAGCGCUACAACGACGUGGGCAGUCUGUGA